AUGGUGAGUAUCAACACCACCUACACCAGGUCCAGGCAUACCGAGAUCGGCGGUCAAGAGGCAUUGCUCCCCUGGCAGCCGAUAUCGUUUGAUGCGCAGUCUAUAGUGCACGAGGGCUCCUAUCCAGACAUGCAGCCCAACUGGUUUGCACCCCCCAUAUACCGAAUGGAUCAAUAUGCGGAUACUGCGACAACUCAAACGGUGCAUGCCAGAUUUUUCUAUCCCCAGCCCCGGAUAACGCAAGAUGCUCGCCUAACCUAUGUGCUGGAGAGUCUUCUCGCCACCAUGGCCUGGUUUCUACUGCGAAUCUUUAGUCAGUUCCCUGGAGAACCGAUUGUCCCCAAGCCUCCAGGUUCUAUCACGGCGAAAUAUUCCUAUCUUGCCAACAGUGCCAUAGUCCGGAGGAUGUGGAAUACACACGCGAUGGAUACAAAAGAAGUAAGAAACCGGCGAGAGCCUGCCGCGUUGGGCUGGUGGCCAAUUUGUGGUGGCGACAACGCUUCUUCAUUAUCCGCCGAGGACCUAGCGGCCCCGCGCUGGAGAUGGGGUGUCGAUUCUGGAUGGAAUGUUCAAUUGCAGACCCGGAAGGACGUUCCGAUGGCCGUGUCUCUAUCACCGACUCCUCCAUAUUUACCCGAAUUCGACUUCUCCGAUAGUCCAUCACCUAUCGCCAUGGGUUCGCGAGGAAGCUAUAACAACUCCCUUGGUCUUUCCUUCGAAGUCAGCCUGCUCAGCCGGCAAUCUGAUCGUGCGAAUAAUAACAGUGACAAUUCAGAUAGAGACUGAGAGUUAGGACUAUCAAUUUAACACCAAUAAACAUCACUUGUUAGAGACAUAGAUCAAGAUAUCAAGUUUGCAUGAAUAACCUAGAGUCAUUGUUUGUCUAAGACCAGUGCUCUCAGUGAGCACAGACAAUAUCAUAAACCUGCCUUGUUUUGAACUUCAACUGUUAACACCUUGACAAUUGGUUGCUUGCCACAAACGAGAGAAUUCGACAAUAUUUUGCUGAAGUCCUGAAAACUCGUAAUCCAUCGGCCAGGGGACAUGAAUCGCUCCGAGAUAUAGAAAGCCCCGCUUCUCGUAAUUCAUGAACGAUGCUGAAGGAUCUCAAUCCUUCUCACUUCAUUCCACCUAUCAAAUCAUAACAUCUAUCAGCCG